GGCGGCGACGUCACCGGAAGGGGCCGGGCGCCGGUUGUUGUUGGAGAGGGGGAGGCGGAGGAAGAGCGGACCCGGACAGGAGAGAGCCCCGGGGGGAGGCUCCGAACAUGCACAGUCUGGCCACGGCGGCGCCUGGGCCAACAGCACUUGCCCCUGUUGACAGAGAGAAGAUUUAUCAGUGGAUCAAUGAAUUAUCAAGCCCAGAAUCUCGGGAGAAUGCGCUGUUGGAGCUCAGCAAGAAGCGGGAAUCUGUCCCUGACCUCGCUCCCAUGCUGUGGCACUCAUUUGGUACUAUUGCGGCACUGUUACAGGAAAUUGUAAAUAUCUACCCAUCAAUAAACCCACCUACCCUGACAGCACAUCAGUCCAACCGCGUGUGUAAUGCACUGGCCUUGCUACAAUGUGUGGCAUCACACCCGGAAACCAGGUCUGCCUUUCUUGCAGCACAUAUUCCAUUGUUCUUAUACCCUUUCCUGCACACCGUCAGCAAAACCCGGCCUUUCGAAUACCUGCGGCUGACCAGCCUUGGAGUAAUCGGAGCUCUGGUGAAAACAGAUGAGCAAGAGGUCAUCAAUUUCCUGCUGACCACAGAAAUUAUUCCACUUUGUCUGCGUAUUAUGGAAUCUGGAAGUGAACUCUCUAAAACUGUAGCCACUUUUAUCCUUCAGAAGAUUCUGCUUGAUGACACUGGCUUGGCCUACAUUUGUCAGACCUACGAGCGCUUCUCCCAUGUUGCUAUGAUUUUGGGUAAAAUGGUUCUUCAGCUUUCCAAAGAGCCGUCUGCCAGACUACUGAAGCACGUUGUCCGCUGUUAUCUCCGCCUGUCUGAUAAUCCACGAGCACGAGAAGCACUGCGACAAUGUCUGCCUGACCAGCUGAAAGACACCACAUUCGCCCAGGUCCUGAAGGAUGACACCACAACCAAACGCUGGCUGGCUCAGCUUGUCAAGAACCUGCAGGAGGGGCAGGUCACCGACCCCAGAGGAAUACCUCUCCCUCCUCAGUGACCAUCGGCAUAGGAAUCCCAGACACAGCUGCACCACGCAAAUAAACACAGCAAACGCACUUGGACUUUUCAGAUGAUGAUUCCUAACCCAUUGGUGUCACAGCCUCACGAAUGGACAAUUCCUGUUACCGUUCUUGCAGCUCUUCUGUGUAAAGGACGCAGGUAUCCUCUCUAACGAGAUAAUUUCAUCAGAGGCCGAACUGUAAGAAAUUGUUCUUGUUGACCAAGAGUUUGUUGCUUAAAUACUGUCCAGGUUUCUGGACGGUGGAGAAUCCUCUUCUUUCAUAAUGUUUACAGAAUAAACACGUAAUCCAGCCAGUCCUUCUGAAGUUCUAGCUGCAGCACAAAUGGGCCAAAGCAUGCACCAUACACUGCCUGUUUUCCCCUCUACAAUUCUUCCAGAGCUUGUAGCUGUGUCUGAAUUUUGGAUAUAAUAAAAAAAAAUACGUUUUUUUAUAUUUUCUGUACGUAGCUGUUCAAAUACACAAUGCACUCGUUUUACGGCAAUGUUUUCAAAAAAUUAAAACACAUGGCUUCUUGCAGGCAAAUGCAAUUA